CUCCCAAAGUGCUGGGAUUUACAGGCGUGAGCCAGUGUGCCCCGCCCAAACUAUUCUUUCUCCUAUUACAUUUCACUUUAAAUGUUUUAUUUGUUUACUGUUUCUCUUCCAUCCUUUAAAAGAUAAGCUCCAUUAGGGCAAGGAUUUUUGUCUGUUCUGUUCCUCGAGGUGUCUCCAAUGCCUAGAAGAGUGCCCGGCACACAAAUAUUUGCAAAAUGAAUGAAGUUGUACCUGCAAAGAGAUUAGCAGUUACCUGGCACCUAGCGAGUGCUCAGUGAGAGGGAACCCAACAUUAUUUUACAUUAGUCUUCCUCUCAGGAAUGGAGAGACCCCAACGGUUGCUUAAAUCCGGUAAAGAACUAAAUUGGUGGUGCUCAAGUCUUCUAACACUACAAAAAUCCCAGGAAGCCUCGCGAUGCCUUAAUUCUUUCUUUCCCACCGUGCCCCGCGCGGCGCAGGCGCUGUUACUCAAGGUGAGUCUCGGGAGCUGAAACUUACACCUCCCAGGAAGCUGAAACUACACCUCCCAGGAAGCUGGGCGGUCGAUGGUUUGUUUCCGGCAGCAAAGCCCCAGGAAGGUGGGAUCUAAAGCUGGUGGCCUACGGAGGAAGCUCUUAAUUGGUCAGGAUGCGAGACUGACGGCUGCAUUAACUAAUAAAAAAGAGAUACUGCCCGCCCACAGAAGGGAGGAGGCCACGAUACAAGCUGUACACGACCGAAGGCGCAGGACCCGUGAGUCGUGAAGCUAAUUUUUGAACUGUCUCCCCACGCCUCCCGCCUUGAUUUGUGAUCCUAGGCUCUUUGGGGCUCGUCUGACCCAGCUAGCCAGAUCCUGGACCCAAACCAUGUUCCCCGUGAAGGUGAAAGUGGAGAAAUCAGGGCUCCUAAGAUAAGGUGAUUGGCCUUACCUCCUACACAGAGUGAUUAUGCGUGACAGCUCUGGAACUCAGAGCUCUUGGCAUCGCUCCAGCCAUCUCUGUCUGCUGCACCCUUUCAGGCUGCCUGGGCCUGGCUCUGAGAUUGGCUGGGGCAGAGGACACGCAUGCCCUUCCCUGGCCCAGUCAGCUGCCCACCUAGCUGGGGCCUAGGAGCUGACUCCUGCUGGGUCCCCUCUUGCUUCAGAGCUGGAGAUGGCCAAAGCCCGGAACCAACUGGACGCCGUCCUGCAGUGUCUGCUGGAGAAGAGUCACAUGGACAGGGAGCGUCUGGAUGAGGAAGCUGGGAAAACCCCCUCAGACACCCACAAUAAGGACUGCUCCAUUGCAGCCACUGGCAAAAGGCCUUCUGCCCGCUUCCCCCACCAGCGGAGGAAGAAGAGGAGGGAAAUGGAUGACGGGCUGGCUGAGGGAGGGCCGCAGCGAUCCAACACAUAUGUGAUCAAGCUGUUCGACCGGAGUGUGGACUUGGCCCAGUUCAGUGAGAACACGCCGCUCUACCCGAUCUGCCGUGCCUGGAUGCGAAACAGCCCCUCUGUGCGCGAGCGUGAAUGCUCUCCCAGCUCACCCCUGCCCCCGCUGCCUGAGGAUGAGGAGGGUUCAGAGGUCACCAACAGCAAGAAUCGUGAUGUGUACAAGCUGCCGCCCCCCACACCGCCUGGGCCACCCGGAGAUGCCUGCAGAUCCCGCAUCCCAUCUCCGCUGCAGCCUGAGAUGCAGGGCACCCCUGAUGACGAGCCCUCCGAGCCCGAGCCCUCACCCUCCACACUCAUCUAUCGCAACAUGCAGCGCUGGAAACGCAUCCGCCAGAGGUGGAAGGAGGCCUCUCAUCGGAACCAGCUUCGUUACUCAGAAAGCAUGAAGAUCCUACGGGAGAUGUAUGAGCGACAGUGAUGUUCCCAGCUCCCCCCACACCAGUAAACGUCUCCCAACUCCACA